AGUAAUUAUAGUUGGUUAAUUUUAACCUUUGGUGGUUUUGGUUACAUGACGGUGCACCCUCCAAAAGUCGCAAAAAGCAACCGCACCGUGCCCCCAUGGCUUAGUGAGGAAGGAGGAAGAAAGUCUUUUUGGCUCCAUUUCCUCCUGGAAACAUUCUUUUUGAAACCGGGUUGACUCAGUACAUCGUUCUGCGCAACAUAAUACACGCGGUAUAGCAUUUUCACAUAGCAACACACUUGCAACUCUCUUCUUCCGGUCUCCAAUGGCUUCCGAGGAACAGUUAUCUGCAAUCAAGCGCGCGAAAGUGCUCAUGGUUGGUGCCGGUGGUAUUGGCUGCGAGCUUCUGAAAACCCUCGCGCUUUCCGACUUUCAAGACGUACACAUUAUUGACAUGGACACAAUAGAAGUGAGUAAUUUAAACAGACAGUUUCUAUUUCGACAAUCUCAUGUUGGGCAAUCUAAGUCCAAAGUUGCUAGGGAUGCCGUCUUGAAAUUUAGGCCUGGAAUGAAAAUUACACCUUACCACGCAAAUGUUAAAGACACUCACUUCAAUGUGGAUUUCUUUAAACAAUUCAAUGUUGUUCUUAAUGGCCUUGACAAUCUAGAUGCUAGGCGACAUGUGAACCGACUUUGCUUGGCAGCCAAUGUUCCAUUGGUCGAAAGUGGGACUACUGGUUUCUUGGGACAGGUUACUGUGCAUGUGAAGGGCAAAACAGAGUGUUACGAGUGCCAACCUAAACCAGCUCCAAAAAUUUACCCUGUAUGCACAAUUACAAGCACUCCAUCCAAGUUUGUUCACUGCAUUGUAUGGGCAAAAGAUCUGCUUUUUGCAAAGCUUUUUGGGGACAAGAAUCAGGAAAGUGAUCUGAAUGUGCACUCUAGUGAUUCUUGUAGCUCAUCAGAACAUUUGGAAGAUAUUUUUGAAUGCAGACCAAAUGAGGACGUUGAACAAUAUGGGAAGAGAAUAUAUGACCAUGUUUUUGGCUACAACAUUAAGGUAGCAUUGUCAAAUGAAGAAGCAUGGAAGAAUCGUAACAAACCAAGGCCUACAUAA